CUUCCGGGUUCUGCAACCCGGAAGUGUCGAUCCUGGUUGUCGAGCAGCGCCGCCAUAUUGGAGCGAGCUAUUUUCUCGGAAAGUAAAGCGAUGGCCAAAGUGUCCGUAUCUAAAUCAAAAGGCUUGCAAUGUUUUGCUGUAAACUGCAGGCACUAUAAUAAUAGCUACUGGCGUGAACAAGGCAUUACAUUUCACAAAUUCCCAGAUGAGAAUAAAUUUCCAGACACUUAUGCAGACUGGGUAAGAAAGUGCAGGAGGGAAAAAGAUCCUUCUAAGCAUGCACGCCUUUGCAGCUGUCAUUUUGAAGCAAAAUGGUUCGACAGAACUGGGCAAACUGUCAGGUUGAGGGAGGGUGCUGUACCUGACUGGGGGAAAUUUAACUUACCAAAGCAUCUACAGCCCAAAACAGUGAAACCCAGAACCACAGCAACUUCAAAAAGAGCAGCUGAGAGUGCAGCUCAACCCUUACCUGACGCACUUCCCUCAACAGAAACACACACCAGUUAUGUAGAGCACGAACACGCAUAUGCUGGCUCAGCACUGAUGUGGAAACGAAAGUUUUUUCAGCUGUCUGAGAAACACGAAGACAUGGCAAGGGAGUAUUCGAACGCUCUGCGAAGAGAAAAGCGUGCAAAGGAAAUCUGCAGGGCCUUUGUGGAAGAACUUUAUGAAAAGAACGGCAUUAAUACAGACAAGGCAGUCUUUGAAGAGAUCCUCGAAUAAAAACGCCAUCAAAAAACAUG